AUUUGAUAUUUGGUUUCAGAUUUGUAAUCAUGAAUAAAUAAACUGCAAUAUAGAAAAGCUGCGAAAAUAUUACAUGUAUUAACCGGCGUGCUACCAUUGUAGCCUCUUGAGAAGAUUGCUUCUGCUUCUCAUUUCUCUCAGGUGAAAUCGGGUAGGAGAAAUGGAGGCUUCAAAAAAUUUUUUUUUUUGAUAUGUGCAAUGCACAGGCUCUAUCUGUUUAAUAAGAAACACAAUUUCGUAAAAGGGAAGACCUCUCAAAAUGAUGUGUUCUGGCAACUAAUCAAGCGCGACCCAGCAAUAUCAAAUGCCUCGGUUCUUGGAGUUUGUCAUGGACCGUACAACCGCGAAGAUAAGGGGCGUUUAGAAUAGACCUAGUAGAGGUCCGAUUCGCACAGCUCCCACCUCAAAAGCACGCCGAGAAUAGACGGCAUCCAACUCUUUUUCCCCAUCGACUGGAUGUUUACAUGGUGACU